CCACUGAAAGCACUUUGCACCGGCACUUUCUGCAAUUUUUAUUUUUUCAAUUUUAAGACGAUAAAAUGGAUAAAGGUGACAUCGACACCCUUAAACUAGCUGUAGCCACAAUCUUUGAACCAUCAUCUAGUCCGCAUGAUAGAUUAAGAGCACAGCAGAUUUGUGAGAACUUCAAGGAGUCGUCUCCCCACUGUAUCCAGUGUGGCCUGCUGCUGGCAGACAGACAGAACUCUCCCAUCAUUCGCCACUUUGGUCUCAAGCUUCUGGAACACUGCACCAAGUACAGAUGGAAUAGUCUUACAAAUGAUGAAAAACAGCUGUUAAAGGCAAACUCUCUUCAAUUGAUCUCAGAGGGUACUGGUGAUAUUCUGGUGGAGGAAUUGCACAUCAAGGAUGCUGUGUCCCGCCUCGUAGUCGAGAUACUGAAACAUGAGUGGCCAAACAACUGGACGAGCCUCAUGGGCGAUCUCUACCAGCUUUGCAUUUCAGGGCCAACACAGACAGAGCUGGUAAUGAUGGUGUUCCUUCGUCUGAUCGAGGACGUAAUCACCUUCCAGAACCUUCAGACCCUGCGGAGACGGGAAAUUGUCAACGCCCUCAAUGUCAACAUUGCGGAGAUCUUCGAGCUGUUUGUAAACCUGCUACAGGAGCACUCAAAUUCUGCUAUAAACUUAGAAAAUAGGGCUAGCCCUGCGUUGGAGACAAACAUCCUGCAGCACUACCGUGUGAGUGUGUCCACCCUGGCCACACUGAACGGCUACCUGGACUGGGUGGCCAUGUCCCACAUUGUUAUCAAGGACAACUUGCUCCUCGAGAUGCUCUGUCUGCUCCUGGGGAACGCCCAUCUCAAGCUCGGGGCCGCCGAGUGUCUCCUCACUAUCGUCGGCAAGAGGGGUAAGAUAGAUGAACGAAGGCCUCUGUUGAUUCUGUUUCAAGAAGGCGCCCUGUCUACCAUCUGGAACGCUGCCGUGAGUGCAGGAGCAGUAUCAAAGAACGAGCAUUUCUACAUAUUUCUUCAGAAGCUUUGUCAGAUACUGGUGGAACUUGGGAAUCAACUCUGCUUCCUGUUGGGAAGUUCAGACAUCAAUAUACCCCAAAAUUUCGACAAAUAUCUAGAAGCUGUUCUGGCAUUCACCCAGCACUCCAGUCAGAUGUUGAGUGGUUGCACGUUUCACUUGUGGUCGUUAUUCAUGCGUAACGAGCAGAUCUCCCAGGAUCCCUCAUUCACCAAAAUUCUCCCGUGCCUUGUACAGACUGGGUACAAGAAACUCCUGAAGGUGGGUUAUCCUAGCCAGAACAAUUCCCCCAGUUGUGAGUACUCCCGCUUCGACUUCGACCAUGAUGAAGAAUUCUCCUUUUUCUUCUCUAAGUUUCGAGCGGAGGUAGCAGAGAUGGUACGUCAGGUGACCCUGCUCCAGCCCACUGUGUCCUUCACCUUUGCGUGUACCUGGCUGCGGGAAUUGCUUGAGAAGCCUCUAAACACUGGGGAUGAAAAAUGUGGCUCUAUAUGUAAUCUGCAUUCGCCAUCCUACCUGGAGUGGGAGGCCUUGACUCUUUUCUUCGAGAAUGUCAUGUCCCGGCUGAACCUUGAAAAAAUGUCCACCACAGACACACAGGAUGGUGUCCAGCUGCUCAAAACUGUCCUCGUGUUCAAUAUGCAGGACCCGCUGCUGUUGUCAUGCCUGCUGUCUUGUAUUUCUUCACUGUUCAUCUACCUGAAGUUCACACCAGACAUACUACCACAACUUCUACAAAAGAUAUUUUCUGCUGUAAUAUUCCACCUUCCUGGCCAGACGAAGGCAACACGCAGUCGAGCAGUGAAGAACGUCAGACAACACGCCUGUUCUGUGCUUGUCAAGAUCUGCAAGGAAUAUCCCUCACUCGUCUUUCCUGUGUUUGGUGAAUUGUGUGAUCAUUGUAAGUCAAUCAGCAGUGAUCCUGACCAGCUCUCACAGAUGGAGAACUGUAUCCUCACUGAGGCUCUCAUACUUGUCAGCAACCAGUAUGACAAUUUUGAAAAGCAAUCCGCCUUCCUGGAUGAAGUGUUGAAACCAGUGAAGGACCUGUGGUCAUCAGAGGAGUUCAAAACGGCAUUCUGGUCUACAGAUAAGUUCAUGUCAUAUGUUGGACUUGAUCAGGCCCCUGUGGAGCCCAGCUCCAAGGAUACCUGUGGCAUCAACAGGUCACAUAUAAGCUACUGCAUGCAGAUGAUACUGGCUGUGAUAAAGAGAAGCACCUGGCCACAAGAUGUACAGGUUGCAAGGAAUGGGGGAUUUAUUCUACAUGAGAUGGAGGGCAGUGAUCCGGUGAUGAGAAACCCCGCUACACCACAUAUCUCCGCAUUACUCGAAAAUGUGUUUGCUCUGCUCAAGUCAAUGAACAUGUUGUUCUGCGAGGACUUCCUGAGGCUACGACAUCCCGAGUUUGCCAAAGCCUAUGACAUGCUCAACAAUGACGUACAGACAUUCCUUGGUAUCCAGCCCCCAAUUGUGGACAACAGUGGGACGGCCAACUAUAAGCAACCCCUACAGCGGAUGCAGCAUUUCCUCACUCAGAGCUACGACACCUGCUGUCACAUCCUGGGCAAUGCUGGCCAGUUUCUGGGCAGUGAGUUCUAUGCCCUACCUGACCUGGCCCGGACUAUUGUGGACACGGCCAUGUCCAAUUUGAAUGUUGUGACAGACUACAGGCUGAGAUCCAUCAUACGUAUCUUUCUGAAGUCCUACAUUCAGCAUUGUCCCAGCCAGUAUUACGAGUCUGCUGUGUUACCUGUUCUGGCCCACAUCUGUCCAUUUAUGCAUGUGAAACUUGGACAGCGGUGGAUUCAGAUAAACCAGCAGUGUGAAUCCAGAACCCCAGAAGAUGAAGAAAAUCAGGCCGAGCAAGAGAUUCUAGAGGAGUACCUGUCCCGCUUUGUUACCCGAGAGUACCUUGAACUGCUGUGUAUCGUAUGUUUUAAGAAGUCAGGGAACGUGGAGGAUGUUACCAUGGAGAAGGAAGAAGAGGCCCAACCACCACCCACAUAUCGAGAACUGGGCCUCCUGGGAAAACUGUGCAUGUCCUCAGAGCGUAUCUGUGAGCCCCUGGUGCUUUGUGUGUUUAGCGGGCUGGGAUGGCUGGACACCCACACAUGUAACAAGUGCCUCUCACUCGUCAUACCCUUACUCAAACAGUUAAUAUCAGACCAGAACAUAUCUGGCAGUGCCGCACACCACUUCUUCACGGGUACGUUACUAGGCCUGAACAAGCACGGAGCACAUGAGGGUAUCGCAUCAAACAUGGUGAACCUCAGCCUGCAGGUGUAUGAGCUACUGCGGCCAUUGUUUCCAGAGGUGGCCAACGCCAUGCUGCAGGUGCCCAGCUGUGACCAGAACAGUAUUCAGCAAUUUGAUGACAAGUUUCUGGGAGCCCAACCAACACAGAAAGUUCAGGAGAAGAAGAAGAAAGAUGCCUUCAAGAAACUCAUAAAUGGCUGCAUUGGGAAGACAACAGCUAACCUCUUCAAGCGUGAUGUGCAGUACAAGAGCCUUCCAAAUCUGUUUCGGAAGAACAAACCUCGCAUGGAUGCACUGGACGACACAGAAACCAAAGACAUAGGCCUAUGUGAACUCUUCAAACCAGAACCCAAUGGCAGAUAACGACACUCUGUGGUUGUAAACUUGUAUAAACUGCAUGGUGGAAAACAAGACACUUAGUGUGACUAAGUUAUUAAGAACUUUUAAAGAAGGAAGGAAAUGAUGAUUCAGUGUAACAGGGUUAGAAUGAAGCAAGUUAAACUGGACAAUCAUUGUUUGGUUCAGAGUUUCAGAUUUUAUUUGGCCAUUUACAAUCAAUCACACACUGGCCAAAAUAAAGUUAUGACUAAGAAACAUUGAAACAUGAACUAUGUGUAUAGAGACGAGCUACACUUAUUCAGAUGUUUGUUCUUGCAUGCCUGUGCAGUUUGUGACAGUAUAUCUUGAUAUUUGGACAUGAAAUGUCCUCAUAGAAAUAUCAUCAAUACUAUUCAGUAUGAAAUGGGAUUGGUUUAACCUCAGCAAUUUAUGCUGCAUAAAAUUUCUGUGAUGUGUAGAUAUGUGUUCAGAACUUUAGGACACCCAUCAUUACAUUAUACCAGUAAUAACUGGAUGUGAAGUGUAAUAGAAUAUAUUGUGGAAUAAAGCAUUGAGAAGAAACAACUCCCAU